CGCACGCACACACGCAGACGCAAGUAGCGCUUCAGAAAUGGCGGCCGACGGUGGCAGUUCUUCGCUGCAGCUACCCUGCGUUUUUUCACCUAAAUCACGACAGUUCUUAGCGCUGUGUGCCCAGGAUGGCAGACUUCGCAUUUGGAACACAGAUAGUAAAACACUUCACCAGGAAUACGUGCCUUCAGCUCAUCUGAGUGCCACCUGUACGUGCAUAGCCUGGGGACCAUGCCGGACAGUCAAGGAGGGGCCUCAGAGGAAGAAGAGGAAAUCGGAGGCGGUGCAGGUGGAGGAGAAGGCAGACCUGUUGGCGAUGGGCACAGCAGCUGGAACUGUGCUCAUCUAUAGUACAGCAAAGGGAGCAUUGCAUUGCACCCUGGAUGGAGCCCACAGUGGAGGAGUGAACUGUGUCCAGUGGCACCCUGAAGAAAGCUUAUUAUACAGUGGUUCAGAUGACACAAACAUUGUAGAGUGGGACUUGCAGACUGGCAAGACAAGAAGUAAGUGGAAGGCAGACCGCGCAGCGGUGACCAGUUUGUGUGUGAGCCCCGAUGGUAAACUGCUGCUGUCAGCUGGACACAUAAUAAAGAUGUGGGACUUGGACACCAAGGAAGUUUACAGGAAAUUCACAGGCCACUCCACGGCUGUGACGACCCUGCGCUUUGCCACCACACGACCCCCUGACAGCAAUGGCCUCUACUUUCUGUCAGGUGCUGCCCAUGAUCGACUGCUCAGUGUAUGGCAAGUACGAGAAGAUGGAAAGGACAAGAACUCAGUGGUGUCCUUCACACUGACGGAUGAGCCGCAGCACAUUGAUCUCGUUACAUCCAACAGCAAGGAAGAGGCAGUGAGGCUGGCAGUGGUGUGUAAGGAUGGGCAGUUGCACCUCUUUGAGCACUUUUUAAAUGGCCCAUGUAAGAAGCCCUUGUCACCAUCGUGUACGGUGCAGAUGUCAGACACAAAGGAGUCCCCGAUGCCGAUCCCACUGCUAGCAGCGGUGCUUGGAGCGGAUACUCGAACUGUGAUGCUGGCAUACGGCAGCCACCUACAGCCAGUAAUGGAGAAAGUGGAGAUCAACACAGCAGAGAGACAUGUGUGUUUGACCCGGGAUGUUCAGACCACUUUGUCCCUUUCCAUGGAAACCACAGUCUCCAAGGUGAAAACUCCAAUUGUGAAUGCCAAGAGCAAAGUGCUGGUCCCAGGACUUCCUGGUCACAAAGCCCCACUUAAAGGAACCUCACAGGGAUCAGAGAAGAGGAAAAAAGACACCAAAGAGAUGUCAAUAGCAGAGCGGCUUGGUGAAAUUGAUCUGUCUACAGUCUCUGAGAAAGGAGCAUCUAAAGGGACGGCUUCGUUACAGACAGACAAUUUUGCAGUACUGCUGGUGCAGGGCCUGGAGAGCAAUGAUGCUAGCAUCCUGAACAAAGUUUUCCAGACUCGCAAAGAGAUGGUAAUAAAGAAGACGGUGGCUCGGUUACCCCUCUCUGCAGUUCUACCAUUAGUGGAAGAACUCACGAAGAGGCUCCAAGGGCACCCGUUUACGGCAUUCUUAAUGGUACGGUGGCUCAAGGCUGUACUUAUGCACCACACAUCAUACCUAGCAUCGCUGCCAGACCUUGUUACCCAGCUGGGAGUCCUUUAUCACAUGAUUGAGAGCAGAGUGAAGAUGUUCCACAAGCUAACAAAGCUGCAUGGGAAGCUUUAUCUCCUAAUGACACAGAUGGCGACAAGUGACAGCAGCAACAUGGUUUCAGAUGUUGACCACACAGCUAAGCUGGUCUAUGAAGACGAGUCAUCUGAUGAAGACGAGGCCUCUGGUGAUGAAGGUCUUCCCGAUGAAGACUCUGAUCACUGGGAGGAGGAUGAGGCGGUGGAGGAGGCGAUGACAGAAGACAACCAGGAGGAAUCAGAAGACGAGGAUCCCGACAGCAGAACAGAAUCCAAAGCAAACGGCGAGGAGGAUAUGGAGCAUGGAAAUGAGAGUGAAGAAGAAUGAGAACACAAACACCAAUCAAACAUAAAACGGACCUGAAAGAGUUACAUAUACUUUCAUUUUAUUUUCAUGCAUUUGAUUUUAUUAUUGGAAUAGAAUGCAAUUUUGCAGAAUCAAGGGACACAUUGAAAUGAGGCCAGAUGGCCCCCCUGCCUCGCUGCAGCUCGGUUCAGCCGUGGGUUUGGAAAUGUCGAGCUUGUCUCUAAAAACUGAAAGUUCCUCGACUGAUUUCGUCCGUCUGCACUCCGACUUUACACCCCGAUGUGUUUGCAUUGACUGCCAGGCUAAUUUGGUUGUGUUUAGUUGGCCUACGUUCUUGAAUCUGCAUUCCAAAUUUGAUGUCAUAAUGUUAAAAUGGUAUAAGUAUGUAUGUUCAGCUUUUCAUUUACAGCACUGUGUGAUCGGUUUAUUUUAACUCAACUCUGUAGGCUAUUUGAAACACCUGCAGAAAUGCAAACACAGAGCAGGAGUGGAGUUUGGAUGUAGCCUCCCUAUCCCGGGGUCUGUUUGUGCAGAAUACCAGAGGUGGGAUUGCCAGGCAGGACCAUACAUCAUGUCCCCCGCAAUGUAAAUCUGUAUGUACAGUGAAGUGUUUGUAUGAGCUCUUCCAUCUACAGCCACCCCCAAAAAACCUUGGGAUUAAAUGAACUCCUGUAAAGUCUCCUAAAUGCUGUUUAUUUUUUCUUUUUCGUUUUUUGUGUUUUUUACCGCCUUCAGUUUUGUUUCAGAUUUGCAGCCUUCUCGUUUUUAAAUGUGUUCUUUUUGUGUUUAAUAUCAGGGCAUGUCUUUAUGUCCACUGCCUACCACCCAUAGUCACAGGGGCAACAGAGGACAAGAAAUUGUGAACUUUGCUCGAGUAGGUGAAUAAAUGGGUUUUCAAAGUGGCUUGUGGUUUCCAGGGUCAUGGACAUAUUUUAGAAAUGUAGGCAGCUUCAGAGUUGAGAUGGGUAUGUUUUAUAGACACUCAUUAAGAAAAGAUUGAUGUAGCCUCUAUUUCUGUAAAAUGAAGCAAAUAUGGAAGUGCCUUAAGCUUGCAUUUUUUUAUUUAUUUUUUUUCUAAUGGCCAGCCUAGAGGGGGGGCAGCAGCUCUGGUUGCAGAAAAUUGUCUGAUUCUAUAAAAGUC